UGUUAAAAAUUAAAUAAUUUAAUUAAAUUAAAAUAAAGUGUUAAAAAUCCGUAUUCACUUAGUUGUCAACCCAAUACAUUAGUUUAAAUAAUUACAUAAAGAUGUAAAAAUGUAAAAAUGCUAAAAUCAGAGCGUUAUAAUCUUAAAUUUGAUUUAUUAGAUGAAAUAUUCCCUUUAUACACAUGCGCAACUUUCGGAAAAUCAUGAUAUAAGCAACAUUUAACAAAAGAACUUUGACAGAAGACAAUGUACCAGUCUAACGGUGAAUUCCGAGGAGGACGGUGCACAGAACGUAUACUCCGUGAUUUUAAACAAUACACAUUUCCUUCGAUUAAUUAACAAUUAUUUCAAGUUUAUCGAAUACUUGAAUAAUAUUUUCAACUAAAACGCAUAUAUUUUUGAACGUUCCUGCGCAGCGAUAAUUUGGAGGGUAAAAUUUUCGUCCAAUAAAACAUCAGAUUGAAAUUAUUUAAUAUCCAAUGUAUAUUAAUAGGUUGUAAUGUUUAUUCAAAUGUAUAUAUACUGUAGGUGUUAGGGAGAGAGAAAGAAGACUGCAAUAGAACGAGAAAUGACAUGUUAUGCAAACGGGAGUUAAAAAGGAUUGAAAGAUAUCAAAGCACAUAUAGUAUAGUGUGUGAAUCUCCUACCUUCUUCUUGUACGUCGUUGCUUCCCAACUCUACUUAAAGUAAAAUUGCAGUUUAACUAACAAGGCAGAAGAUAUCAAUCGUCCAAUGAUGGAAAGAAAUCAACAAUUUGAAGAAUUAAAGUUAUCCGUACCUUGGGGACAUAUCGCUGCUAAAGUGUGGGGUCUUUCAACCGAUAGAAGAAUUCUAGCAGUACACGGAAUUUUAGAUAAUGCUGGUACAUUCAACAGAAUUAUUAAAUUUCUUCCAAAGGAUUGUUAUAUAGUGUGUAUAGACUUACCAGGGCAUGGAUUUUCAUCGCAUUUUGAUUUGGGUGUACCACUUAAUUACUUUAGUUAUGUAUUGACUAUACAUCAUGUAUUAAAUGCAUUACAAUGGAAUACUUGCAUUUAUAUGGGUCAUAGUUUUGGUAGUCAUAUAGGUACAAUGUUUUCUAUUCUCUAUCCGAAAAGAAUUGAAAAAUUGAUAUUAUUGGAUUCUCUAAUGCCAAUGCCAACAUUACACGAAGAUCUUAUUUCUAGUUUACAAGAAGUUUGCGAUAUUGCUAUUAAAGCUGAUGAGAAUAAAAUACCUCGGUUAUAUACCAAAGAGGAAGUGUUAUAUGCUUUGAAAUAUACAAGAUUUUCAGCAUUAAAUGCAGAAGCUGCAGAAGCAUUAUUUGAAAGAGGUUUAACACAAAUCAAUGAUCUAUAUAAAUAUAAUCGUGACAUUAGAUUAAAGAGAUUUGUAGUACCUUUCUUUGACAUAGAUCAAUUAUUAACGUGUAUUAAAAAAAUUUCAACUCCAUGUUUAAUUAUUUUAUCAAGUUCUUCAUUAGAUAUGUACAAAUGGCAAACAUAUAUUUUAAAUCAAUUAAGGAAUUAUAAUAACACUUCUAAUAUAAUUUAUGUUAAUGGGAAUCAUGAUGUCCAUAAUAAUUAUCCAGAAAGAGUAGCGCCACAUAUAUGCAAGUUUUUGGGUAGUAAUAAUAAAAGCAAACUUUAAUGGGUUUAAUAGAAAAAUAUUUUGGUGUUGGGUGCUGUGUGUGAUUCUUAUUGUCUAUUGUUUUGAUAUUUACGACAUACUGGGUUUUACUGGGUUGGUGGUUAGUCUUAUAUAGACUUAAAUUUAAAUCGAAUAUUUGAUCUAUCUGCAAAAUUAGAGUUAGUUUUAAUAAUAUAGUAUACUAUUGCAAAUAUAUCUUGCAAGUAAAUUACCUUAUAUUCUUUUACUUAUAUUACUUUAUAUCUUAUUUUAUAUACAUUAAUAUAUUCUGCAAUCUUGUAACUUAUA